CUCGGCAAGCAGGAUCCCUAUCUCCAGUUCUCGCUCGAUUUCAACAACUCCAAGUCAUUCCAAAAGACCUUUGUCCACAAGGACGCCGGCAAGACCCCUACAUGGAACCAGACCUUUAGCAUCCCUCUCGCUGGUGAGCCAGAGCUGUUCAUCGAGAUCAUGGAUGAGGAGACCACGGUCGAUGCCGUCAUUGCCUUUGCAGCCAUCCCAAUCAACCAGGUUGUCCAUGCCCCUGGUGGCUCCAUGAACGGCAUCUUUGAUGUCUACUCUCCCAACGGCAAGCCUCAGGGUGAGGUCAACCUGACCUUGACUGCCCACAACGUCCCUGGCCAGAACACUGGCGCCGCUGUCUCCGGACAACCCGUCAAGGGUACUUCUCACAUCUCUGAGGCUCAUCAGAAGCGCGUCAAGUCCCUGAAGAACAAGGAGACGGCUGCCGAUGCCGGAAGUGCCGCUUUCGGAGGUCUCCUGGCAGUCGGUGCUGGUCUCUUGGCCAACAAGUUCAUGAACGACAAAGAGAAGGAGGAUAAGGCUCGCAAGGAGGCCGAAUUGCUGUCUCAGGCUGAUCGCGAGAAGUUCGAGAACGAGAAGAAGCGCCUGGAGGAGGAAAGGGCUAGCUUCCUGCAGCAGCAGCAACAGGACGAGCAUAAGGAGCACAAGGAGCACAAGGAGAAGAAGGAGAAGAAGGACAAGAAGAAGAAGCAUGGCGGCAGUAGCAGUGGCUCUUCCUCGGACUCUUCCUCGGACUCGGAUUCGGGCUCGGAUGAUGAUCACAAGAAGAAGAAGGGCAAGAAGUGGAGCUCAUCGGGCCACUAUUCUGCUGGCGACAAGGUCAAGUACGACGGACGCAAGUACGUCUGCCUGCAGGGACACAAUGCUCAGUCGGACUGGGCUCCCUCGGUCGCCCACUCUCUCUGGCGCGGUGAUUAA